AUGCUUCGAACGACAACCACAAUGGUAGAGGAACGGACCCGUAGGUGGUCCUCGUCUUCAUCAGCAGCAUCUGCUGUGGCAUUGGUUGGAGAUUACAACCUCUACAUCAGGGUGGCGGAUCCUAUCAUCUCUCCCGAUCAUCCCCGAUGUCCGGCAGUGGCACUGGUGAGUCAUGAGAAACAACAACACCUACCAUUGGCGCUAUUGGUGGGAACUCCGAGUCGAAGCAGCAUCAGCAGCGGAGAGAUGCCCAUUCGUGAGCUCAUUGUCGAUCUGAUCGGCGAUAGAAACUCCGUACGUGGGUUUUCCCGGUGUUCCUCACGCAGUCAAGAUGUUGUUCAUGGUGGUUAUGACUCGAUGGCAAUGGGGGUGUUGCAGCAUCGAAGACCCGAAGGAAAGAGGGGUGGUGAUGGCUGA